AUGAAGCUGGUGAAUGGGGUAGGAGGCGGCCGUGGAGGCGGUGGAGGGAGCGAGGGAGGAGUAGGAGUUGGAGGAGGAGGAGGAGGGACAGGAGGAGAGAAAACUACCUUCUCCUUCAAGAAGUGCUCCGCUUUCCAGUUUGUCAAGAGGAAGGUUCGACGAUGGAUGAGGAACCCCAAGGUGAGUGUGGAGAAGUCCCAGGGCAAAGGCCUCCUCUACCCCUGCCCUAAGUGCCCGCUAGCCGAAGACCUGUGGUACACUCACUUUCCCUCGCCUUAUGGCUGCUGCCACUAUGCCGGCCAUCCGGGCGGGCACAGUUACUACCACCAGGAGCAGUCCUCGCCAUGUCCUGCCAACGAGCACAACAGUGGGCAUGAGAAGAGCAAAGGCUGCAAGAUCAGGAAGUGGAAGAUGCUGGCCCGACAUCAUGGUGACAGCGGAGGCAAGCAGAAAGAGGUGGAGGCCGACACCCAGAUGGGGGGCUGUCAAUCAUGGGGGGUUCGUGCCACGCCCUUCCUGGCCAACCCGGUCAUGCUGGAGUGCUGCGUUUGCAGCGGCCCUUACGUCAGCUACGCCAUCGAGGACACCUGGCAGCCUCGCCAGAGAACACAAGCAAUGGACUUAUACUACCACAGUGAGCCAGACCCAGAAAGCUACUGUUGCCCUGGAGACAAUGCUUUUAUGAAACAGCGGAGAAUGGGCCUGAACGACUUUAUUCAGAGGCUUGCCACGAACUCCUAUGCCUGCAAGCACCCUGAGGUUCAGUCCAUUCUGAACCUGAGCCCUCCCCAGGAUGCUGAGCUCAUGAACGCAAACCCCUCUCCUCCUCCCAGUCCUUCCCAGCAGAUCAACCUAGGUCCGUCCUCCAACCCCACUGCCAAACCCAGCGACUUCCACUUUCUCAAGGUGAUCGGCAAGGGCAGCUUUGGCAAGGUCCUUUUGGCAAGGCAUCGCACGGAUGACAAGUUCUAUGCUGUGAAAGUUCUACAGAAGAAGGCCAUCUUAAAGAAGAAGGAGGAGAAACACAUCAUGUCAGAGAGGAAUGUCCUGCUGAAGAAUGUAAAGCACCCAUUCCUGGUGGGCCUGCACUACUCCUUCCAAACAGCAGACAAACUCUACUUCAUCUUGGACUACAUCAACGGAGGAGAGCUGUUCUACCACCUGCAGAGAGAGCGGUGCUUCCUGGAGCCCAGGGCCCGGUUCUACGCAGCUGAGAUUGCCAGCGCACUGGGUUACCUCCACUCCCUCAACAUUGUCUACAGAGACCUGAAGCCAGAGAACAUCCUGCUUGAUUCCCAGGGCCACAUCAUCCUCACAGAUUUCGGCCUGUGCAAGGAGAACAUCGAGCCCAACGGGACCACCUCCACCUUCUGCGGCACACCGGAGUACUUAGCUCCUGAGGUGCUACACAAACAGCCGUACGACAGGACAGUAGACUGGUGGUGUUUGGGAGCGGUGCUGUACGAGAUGCUCUAUGGCCUGCCUCCGUUCUACAGCCGCAACACAGCAGAGAUGUAUGACAACAUCCUCAACAAGCCGCUGCAGCUGAAACCCAAUAUCUCAAACGCAGCCAGACACCUGCUAGAAGGCCUUUUGCAGAAGGACCGCACCAAGAGGCUGGGCUGCACUGACGACUUUACUGAGAUUAAGAAUCACAUAUUUUUCUCCCCCAUCAACUGGGAUGACCUCAAUGCCAAGAAGCUUACCCCUCCCUUCAACCCCAACGUGACGGGUCCAAAUGACCUGCGGCACUUUGACCCAGAGUUUACAGACGAACCAGUGCCCAGCUCCAUUGGCUGCUCCCCAGACAGUGCCCUCAUCACAGCCAGCAUCAAAGAGGCUGCUGAGGCCUUCCUGGGCUUCUCUUACGCUCCCUCCAUGGACUCCUACCUAUAGGAUUUCAAGAUAGCCUCUGUCUACGGACACCAUAUUAGACCUAUAAGACCCCAUAUUCUACUGGGAUUCCUUAUGGGACAUGAACUGUGCAGUGUUUGUAGACUUCUUGCCCCCAACCCUCCUGUCCCCAUUUUCCAAUGACAGACAUUGUUUCCCAAAGCCCUGCAACCCCGCAACCCUGCAUCUUCUUCUACAAGGAAUCUGUUUUAACAUAUAUAGAUAUAGAUAUAUAUUUACCAUACUCCUCCAUUUGCUAACUCCUGGGUCCAUACAGGAGCAUUUGACACAGGAGGAUGUUUGCAACAUUAUAAUGGCUCAUUGGGGUUGUACUGUUAUCUUACAUUUUACAACCCUGAUUUGCAAAUGCACAAAUUACUCAUCCUUAAAGUUCACAAGAUUCUUUGAUAGAUCCUUCUCCAACCUUCAUAUCCCGAUAGCACUGUCAGGUAAUGGAGGUCAUUUGCACAUAAUUCAGGCAGCUGAAAAGCCACCUACAUCCCUGAAGCCACCAUCCACAGACACGUGCAUGCGUACAUGCAUGCACUUAACUAAAUGCACAGGCGCACACACACACACACACAAACACAAACACAACUGCAAAACCUUUCAGCACACAUACACACCCAUAGAUACAAACUAUUUACAACCUUUCUCCAAGAGGAAGACUUCACUUUACCAGCCCUGUAUAAUGAUUUCCAUCUUCAUCUACGUGGCAAACCAUGCUGUUUCCUCCUCACCCAAGGUUUGGUCUAUCAACCACAGAGGCCUAUCAGUGGAGUUUGACUGAGUAGCAUGGAGAUGGCUCUCAUUUUGGUGCUUUAAUUUUUUCUUGUUUGUUAGAAAAGGGAGAUAUUUAAAAAGCUGAAUGUUACAGAGGGGGACAUUAAUGCUCUUAAAGGUGCCUUUAUUUUUCCUUUCCGUCACAACUCAAAUCUUUGGACAAUGUUUUUUUUUUUUCCUGUUCUGCCAUCAAAUCACCCAGUAAUGGCAACUCACACUUUGCUUUUCUGCAACUAUUAGUUCAUAACUUGUUUUACGAAGUCAUCGAAAAUGAACGAUGUAGCACGACAACCAUACCACUGUUCUGUCAUUAACAUGUAGGAAUUAGGAACUCGAUGGGUACAUCAAUUUCCACCUCUUCAUUUGCACGUACAUUCGGAGAGAGAGAGAGAGAGAGCGCAAUGCUGCUAUGACCUCGGUGCACCGAGGGACCCAGAGGCCAGUACAAGAGAAGUGGAGUGAUGUGUUCAGAGUGUUCCCGUAUUUCCGCUUGCCAACCGAGUCCCCCUCGCAUGGUCUUCCGUUCACCUCAGAAAUGUAACAAGGGCCGGCAGACAGGCUGUUUGGAUCAUGGAGGUGUUUUACAUCUUUAGUUUCCAUAACAUCUGAACUGAACAUUCCAUGUUAAUAUUGCUGUACCGCAGUUUAAUGGUAUUUAAGUUUGUUUGUAUAUUUGGAGUCAUGUGUUCUAGUUUUAAUGUAUAUUGAACAAAAAGGAAAAAUGACUAAAGGUAUGCUUAAACACGUAUAUGUAACAAUUCAUGUUAAAUGUACUGUAAAUUGUAAAAUUGUUUCAGAUUUAUGUGGCCAUGUUUUGUUUGCAAUAAAAAAAGUUUAACUUUAUUACACCGUA